UCUCCGCUCAGCAAAAAUCCAAUCUUUUUUCUUUGCGGGUAAAAAAAUCUAAUCUUUUUGGUUGAGCAUUCUUCUCGUUUUGGAGAGAAACCGCUGUUCCAAGAACCAGGCAGAAAAGCCUGGCCUUUUGCCGUUGCUCUCACGCUCUCCUCCUUCCUCGUCAAUUCGUCGUCGUCGUCGUCCCCUUCCUCCCUCCGCCGCACCAGUCCCUCCCUCCGUUCCCACCAUUCCACCCGUGCCCGGUCAAAGAACAAUCCCAGAGAAAACUUGCGCCUUCACCACACCCAUCCACCCGUCCGGUCCAGAUAUUUUGGUCCUGCGCUUGCUUGGCCGGAGACUGCAAUUUCCCGCGCCGGUGUUCUCUGGUUGGUCCUCCAUUUCCAUUUCCAUUCCCCCCUCUCGGCGUCGCCUGGCUCGUUCAAAGCUUGUUGCCGUCUUGACUGACCCGUGAGUCGUUGGCUGGGUGGGAGCCAGCAGCAGCCAGCGAGGUCUCGGUCUCGGUUGGGUUGGUGGUGACCGCCGCUGCUGGAGAGGUUGCCUUUCUUCUCUUUGACCGACCCGGCUUCUCCAUUGGACUGGAGAUUUUUGGUUGGGGAAAGUUGCUAGCUUCCUCGCUGGUGUGGUGAUGGAGUAGGAGAACACCACCACAGCGUGCGCGCCAGGUGUUCGACGGAUUGCUCCUCCACAGGCCGGGACAUGGCGGCGGCGGGCGGGGGCGACUGGGAGGACCUGGUGCGCCGGAUGUUCCCGCCGGGGACCACCAUCCCGGAGCCGCCCGCCAACCUCGACUACUCCAUCGCGCUCGAGUACGACGGCCCGCCGGUCUCCUACGAGCUCCCGAGGAUCGAGCCCGUCAACAUCCCCGCCAUACCCACCGCCGACCCCGUCUCCGGGCCCCUGGGCCUUGCCAACGGCGCCGUCCCGGUGGCGCCGGUCGUCGGGCCUGCCCGUCGCGCCAACCCGCCGCCGCCGCCCCGGGUUGCUCAGGCUCAGCGUGCGCACCACUCGUCGGCUGCGCAGGCCAGGGGGAGCUCGGCGUCGGCCAAUUCGGCGGCGGCGCGGGAUGAGGAGUACUCCGACGAUGACGAUGAGGACUCCCGCUCGCCGAGGAGCUUGCAGGGGCACAAGGCUGCUGCGAGGCCUGCUGCGCCGGAUGGGAGGCGGGCUCAGGUGGUCACCUUCGGGGUGGCGGCGGCGGCGGAGGACAGCAAGUACGAGAGCAAGGAGUUCGAUGAGGUCUCCGAGCAGUACGUCGCGGUGACGAGGGUGGAGAAGAAGGGGAGGACCUGCCACCGGUGCGGCAAGAGCAAGUGGGAGAGCAAGGAGUCCUGCAUCGUCUGCGAUGCCAGGUACUGCAGCCACUGCCUGCUCAGGGCCAUGGGGUCAAUGCCCGAAGGCCGCAAGUGCAUCACCUGCAUUGGCCAGCCCAUCGACGAGGAGGCCAAGCGGUCCAAGCUGGGGAAGGGUUCCAGGAUACUGUUGCGGUUGCUCAGCCCCUUGGAGGUGAAGCAAAUCCUCAAGGUCGAGAAGGAGUGCCAGGCGAAUCAGCUCCGGCCUGAGCAGCUCAUUGUAAAUGGCUUCCCUCUUCAUGACGAAGAGAUGGCGGACUUGCUUAGUUGCCAACGGCCUCCUGGAAAUCUCAAGCCUGGAAGAUAUUGGUAUGACAAGGAGUCAGGAUUGUGGGGAAAGGAAGGUGAAAAGCCAGACAGGGUUAUUAGCACUAACCUGAACUUUAAUGGAAAGCUUCAGCCUGAUGCAAGCAAUGGCACCGCUCAGGUCUAUAUUAAUGGACGAGAAAUCACCAAGCUUGAACUGAGAAUUCUAAAGAUUGCAAAAGUUCAGUGCCCCCGUGACACUCACUUUUGGGUUUACCAUGAUGGCGGAUAUGAGGAAGAAGGCCAAAACAAUAUCAAAGGGAAAAUAUGGGAGUCACCUUUGACACGUUUGGCAUGCGCCUUGGUUUCACUACCCGUGCCUCCUGUGAACUCUGAUGAGCCAAAAGAUGAAAAUCAUUAUUCAUCAAGAAGUGUCCCUAAUUACUUCGACCACAAAAAAGUUCAGAAGCUUCUUAUUCUUGGAUCACCAGGAGCUGGAACAAGUACCAUAUUUAAACAGGCUAAGUUAUUAUAUGGCUCUAGGUUUACUCAUGAAGAACUUGAGAGUAUCAAACUAAUGAUCCAAAGCAACAUGUUCAAGUACCUGGGGAUUCUGCUCGAGGGCCGUGAGCGCUUUGAGGAAGAGGCUUUGGCUGUAUCAAAUCACACAAACUCAGAGGAUGAAGAUCCUCAUCAAGAUGAUAAUAAACCUACUAGUUCAAAUUCUUGCAUAUACUCAAUCAAUGCAAAGCUGAAGAAGUUCUCUGAUUGGCUUCUGGACAUCAUAGCAAUGGGAGACCUAUAUGCAUUCUUCCCUGCAGCUACACGUGAAUAUGCUCCAGUUGUUGAUGAACUGGGGAACGAUCCUGCCCUAUUGAAGUAUCAAGUAAUGAAUACGAGCCUUCGGAAAAAGAUGUAAUAUAUGCUGAAGGAGUAACACAAGGGAAUGGAUUGUCCUUUAUUGAUUUCACCCUGGAUGACCGCAGCCCUAUGUCAGAAUCAUUCGGCGACAGCCAUGAGGCAUACUCGCAACCAGUAAACAAAUACCAGCUGAUCAGAGUAAGCGCCAAGGGCAUGAAUGAGGGCUGCAAGUGGGUGGAAAUGUUUGAGGAUGUCCGCAUGGUGAUCUUCUCCGUAGCGCUCAGUGACUACGAUCAGCUUGCAUCCCCUGGAAGCAGUGGCUGCAGGUCCCUCGUGAAUAAGAUGAUCCAAAGCAGGGACUUGUUUGAGGCCACAGUCAGGCAACCUUGCUUCCGCGACACGCCGUUCGUGCUGGUGCUGAACAAGUACGACCUGUUCGAGGAGAAGAUAGGCCGCUCGCCGCUGUCGGCGGCGUGCGAGUGGUUCGGCGACUUCUGCCCGCUGCGGACGCACCACAACAACCAGUCGCUGGCGCAGCAGGCCUUCUACUACGUGGCCAUGAAGUUCAAGGACCUGUACGCGGCGAGCACCGGCGGCCGGAAGCUCUUCGUGUGGCAGGCGCGCGCCCGCGACCGGCCCACCGUCGACGAGGCCUUCCGCUACAUCCGGGAGGUGCUCCGGUGGGAGGACGAGCGCGACGCCGCCGGCUACUGCCCGGAGGAGUCCUUCUACAGCACCACGGAGCUCAGCUCGUCCCGCCUCAUCGCCGCCGACGCCGCGUAGCUGAUCAGCUGUGGUUGAUUUCGCAUUUGCAGGCAGAAUCACUAGCAACUGUAUAGCGUUUGUGUGUGUGCGUAGUUGAUGGUUUUAGUUUGCAGCUUGGAAAUCGUCGUGUAUCAUUUGUUGUUGCAGAGUGUCAAUCUUUUUGUUUUUGUACUAGUAAUUUUUCUGAACAAAUGAAAUGAAAUAUAGGAGUGGAGGAGAAAUCUUUGUGUUGUUUUUUCCUCUUCUUCGAGAAUACGCAAGAGAGCUGCGUAUCUUUGUAUUAAGAAUAAGCACAACGACGAAUCUUUGCGUUGUUGAUGA